AGACCCGCCGGUCUCCUGGAGGACCUCAGGGUCCCUGGGCUGGGGAGGAGGCUGGAGGGAUGCUGAGGGGUAGAAGCGAAGUGAAGAAGGGUUAGGCUUGCUGCUACAGGAGUGAUUGGAGUAGAGCGAAGUCUCUUUCCUCCUGAGAAAUUUCUCCUAAUGCACCUGGCCAACUCUUACUCAUCCGUCAAAACCCCUUUCCAAAUUAUGUUCUCCCGUACUUUAAGAAGUUGUCUCAAAACUAAGAUUGAGCUUUGGCAUCCUUCUCUGGGUUUCCUCCCACCCUGACUGCUCCUGGCGGGGUGUGUAGGUGUUCAGAACCAUACCCCCCCCACCACCUCAUAAGAGUCCCUGGCUAAAGUCUUUGUGACUUCUGCCUGAAGAUGACCUCUCGGGGCCAUCGCAGCCCCCACGAGCACCUUCAAAAGAUGGUGAGGCCUCCAGGAACUUUGGCUCAUCCUGAGGCCAGCCUUCCAGCCCUGAACUACCAGGAGGUUCUGGAUCAACUCAAGCAGCAGUUCCCCAGGUUCCCCACUCACUUGACAUCACAGAUGAACAGCGCUUACUACCUGUUCCAGAAGAUCCGGCAGGGGCUCCAGGAACAUCACAAGCAGGCAGAGAACUUCUUACAGAUGAUGGAGACUUGUAGUCAAUCCUUGGGCUUCCAGCUGGGGAAGCACCAGGGGAACCAGGACUCCCAGCACCCAGGGUCUGAGACCCUGCAGCCCUCCGGUCUCCAGAGGCCAAACUUCGAAGACAUGGCCACAAGGUCAUCCGACUGGCCCCAGCAGGCCCCUGGAGAAGACAAGGACACAGUCCACCAGCUAGACACGUGGCCAUCCUGGGACCCUGAGCCCAGGUUUUGGCAGGAUGUUCUGAUGGAACUACUCUGGCGGAUGUUUGCCUUGACUCACGAUCAGGGGGAGCACCCGAGAUGCAUGAUGACCGAACAGGCAACAGACCUGCCCUUGAGUGCCCUCGGAGGACCUGAGCCUGUCUGCAGUUCCACAUGCAAGGAGGGAUGGCACUUGAGGCCGCUGGAGCAUCCUGUCCACACCACCUGGGCCCUCCAAGCCAGCUCUGGUUCUCAGAGCACCCCCGCCCCCACCGCCGGCAGGUCCUUUGUUCUGAACCACCUCCCCAAUUCCCACGGGCAGGAAAGCCAGGACCCAGGACCACGACACUUGAAAGUGGAAGUGCUUCCCAAGGCCUCUUUGGUUUUCAGCUCUGCCAGGCCCUCCUCCAGCUCCUCUGAGGACACCCAAAAAGGGAGCUCAGGACUGGGCACUAUAGCAGGAGGGGUGUUCUCCCACAAGGCCCAGGAGCUUGCCGGGAAAGCCCAUCAGUUUCUGAAGCCUAUAUGCUGGGACCCCGAGGACUUUGAAGACACAUGGAAUAGGCCUGACAUCUUGCCCUGGCAAUCCAAGAAGCUGGCCAUCCCACACCGAGUGGAGAAGAUGCGGAGGCUAGAUCAUGGGGAGCCUGUGCUGGCCACGGCCAUCAGCAGCUUCACGCGGCACGCCUUCACCUGCGGCAGGGGUGGCGUCAAGGUGUGGAGCCUGGUCGGCCAGGUGGCAGAGGCCACGUUUCCAGAGAGCUACCUGCGUGUCCAGACCCAGGGGGCCUACCUGCGCACCUGCUUGCUGAUGUCGAAUAGCACCACCCUGCUGACGGGCGGCCACAACCUGGCCGGCGUGAGCCUGUGGGACCUGACAGCACCCUCCCUGCACGUGAGAGCAGAGCUGCCCUGUACGGGCCUCACCUGCCAGGCCCUGGCCGCCAGCCCCGAGGACAGCCUGGCCUUUGCCAGCUUCACCAACGGCACCGUCAGGAUCUGGGACCUUCGGAACCAAAGCGUGGUCAGGGACCUGCCAGGAUACCUGAACGGAGCCAGGAGCAUUGCUGUCAAAGACCAGACCAUCUGGACUGGGGGUCUGGAUGCUUACCUGCGGUGCUGGGACCUGAGGACUGCUGGGGAGCCCCAGGAAUACCAGUUCGAGUCCCAGAUAAUGAGCCUAUCCCCCAGCCCCCAGGAGGAGUGGGUGCUGGUGGGCACAGCCAAUGGCCAGCAGUGGCUGCAGCCCACCCUUGGGGGCCAGAAGCACAUGGCGGGGUGUAAGGAUGGCACCAUCCUUGGUCUCAAGUUCUCCCCACUUGGCCAGUGGUGGGUGACUGUGGGCACAGACAACCUGGUCAGCAUCUACAGCAGGUGCACAGGGACCACAGUGGUCCAGGUUCCCGAGUCAUCCUCCGUCAUGUGCUGUGAUGUAUCCGCCAGCAACCGCCUGAUCAUCACGGGGUCCAGGGACCACGCCUCAGUGUACCAGAUCAUGUACUGAGGCCUUGCCAGGGUGGGUGGGGUGGGCACAACUGGGCCUGUGAUCUUUGUCACGUGUAAUAAAGCAGCUGGAAAAAGAAUUGAUUUGGUGCUGCGUCCUGGCCCCAGCCAUUGCAUGGAGAUUUGGAAGGACUCUGUCCAGCUUGCGUCUCUGGGCCUUUUGAGUCCACAUUUCCUGAGACUGAUCAGAGCCCUUGACCCCCACUGUCGUGGGGGCUGGAUGUGGAACCCUUCUUCCUACUCUGUGAGCUCAUCUCGUCUCACGCAGAGAUGUUCCCAGGCCCUGCCUAUAAACCCAGGGAUGGGGUCCUCAGUCAUUCAAGAUACCUGCGUUGUUAGACCAGUGCUUCUCACCCCAGGGGACACCGGGCCAUGCCUGGGGUCAAGUGUGAUUGUCACAACCUGGGGGGGGGGCUCUUGGCAUGGGGUGGGUGGGGGCUUGCGGUGCUCCUCGGCAUCCCACAGUGCCUGGGGUGGCCCUGCAACCAAGAAUUACACAGAACCAGUGUCAGCCAUGCCAAGGGGGAGAGUUACAGCAGUGGCUCUCACCGGCCAGCACUCUUCCAUCCUCUCAGUAGGGCUCCGAAAGCACAAUUUGCCCACCCCCGUCCUUCCAGGAUGAACAGCAUCCUGGGUGGCAUCAUCUGGACCAGAGAACCAGCCCGUCUUCAGAAACUACCCAGGCAUGACUGUUUCCAGCAGGGAUACUGCCACCCUGCCAUCUCCCCUCCAGAAGCUUCCCUGCCUCACCCUCAGUUCCCUCUGAGCCAUGGUUCUGGUGGC